AUGAUUGUUGUGAAGACCUUGUCUGUCAUUUCCCUGUUGAGCUGGAUUACUUCUGCACGCAUCAUUAACGGCGCUGAGCAUACGCCUUAUCGUGGCGCAAACGUGAAGCGUGCCCUCGACAACUCAACCACCGAUGUCACUCUUGAAGACUAUGAAUAUGUGGUAGUCGGCUCUGGUCCCGGUGGCGCUCCUCUCGCCGCUAGACUAGCCAUUGCCGGCCACAGAGUCCUCCUGCUUGAGGCUGGUGACGACCAAACCAACACCACCGAGUAUACCGUCCCUGCCCUGCAUGCCGUUGGUAGCGAGACUGAGUCCAUGCGGUGGGACUACUUCGUGAAACACUUCGACGACGAGACAGAACUGAAGAGGGACACCAAGCUCACCUACGAAUUGUCUGAUGGCUCCCGCUACACUGGUGCUAAUCCACCCGAAGGUGCCACUCCACUCGGCACGCUGUACCCACGUGCUGGUUCCCUUGGUGGCUGCUCUAGCAUCAAUGCCCUGAUCACCACCUACCCUUACAAUAGCGAUUGGCAGUACAUUCAGGACAUCACAGGUGACGCCUCUUGGGCUCCUGACAACAUGCGCAAGUAUUUUGAGCGCCUAGAGAAGUCCCGCUACUUGCCUAGCAGCAUCGUCGGCCACGGCUUCAGUGGUUGGCUUGAGACCUCGGUCACUGACCUGACCCUGAUUGUCCAGGAUUUCAAAGUCCUCUCUCUGGUCCUGGCUGCUGCCACUGCUAUGGGCCAAAACAUUAUCGGCUCGCUCAUCACUACCGUGACUGGGCUUGCUCAGGUCCUGCUCCGUGACAUCAACAACCCAAGCCCGUCUCGUGACUCUACUGAGGGCUUAUGGCAGAUUCCCAUAGCCGUAAAUGUACCCGAGAGCAAGCGUGCUGGACCCGUCGACUUCCUCCACGAGGUUGUCAAUGCUAAGAACGACGACGGCACCCGCAAGUAUUAUCUUGACAUUCAGCUCAACACCUUAGUCACCACCGUAAGAUUCGAUCAGGGUACAACGGGCCAGCCCAGAGCUACUGGCGUCAACUUCCUCACUGGCAAAUCUCUUUAUGGUGCAGAUCCCCGCCGCCAGUCUGGAGCUGCAACAGGCAAGGGCACCAAGGGAGCUGUCACUGCUACACGAGAGGUCAUCCUGUCUGCUGGAGCUUUCAACACUCCCCAGAUCCUGAAGCUAUCGGGUGUUGGCCCUAGGGCCGAGCUCGAGAAGUUCGGCAUCGAAGUUGUCAAGGAGCUUCCUGGUGUUGGGACGAACCUUCAGGACCGCUACGAGGUCCCCGUCGUCGGUCAAGCUCCCAGCAAGCUCGCUCUAGUAAAGGACUGCACUUUCCUUAAAACCGAUAACGAUCCUUGUCUUGAGAAGUGGGAGACCCUUCCAAUCGCCAAGGGAGUAUAUGGUACCAACGGUGUCGCACUCGCCAUCACCAAGAAGGCUAGUAACUCGAUCAACGGCAACGCGGAUCUCUUAGUCGCUGGCUGGCCCGCUUACUUUAACGGCUAUUACCCCAAUUACUUUGAGAACGCUACAAACGGCUCUAACCACUGGACCUGGCUCACGCUCAAGGCCGAAUCUCGCAACAACGCUGGCACUGUUACCCUGCAGAGCGCUGAUCCUCAGGUUGUACCAGAGAUACGCAAGCGUAACUUCGAUGUCGGGGGUGAUGAGGAUCUUGACGCCAUUGUGGAGGGGCUCAAGUACGGUCGAGAGGCUUUUGAGGAUCUCAUUCCACUAGACGGCAAAUUCACGGAGGUCUGGCCUGGUAAGCAGGUUCAGACCGAUGCAGAGUGGAAGGAGUUCGCCAAAUACGAGGCCUGGGGUCACCACGCGUCUUGUACUUGCCCAAUCGGUGCGGACGACGACGAGAAUGCCGUUCUUGAUGGCGAUUUCAAGGUUCGCGGUAUCGAUGGUCUCCGUGUUGUUGAUGCCUCCUCUUUUCCCAAAAUCCCGGGUACUUAUCUGGCUCUUCCACUUUACAUGGUGUCGGAGAAGGCUUCAGAUGUUAUCCUUGCUAAUGCUACGACUUUGUAA